AUGAAUGACGCUCAGAGAAAUGUGCUACAGCGGCACUUCAGACAACUGGCCAGUGACCUGAUUCCAACAGAGGACUUUCUGGGCAUGUUGUAUCAACACAGGAUAUUUGAACGAAAUAUGAUUGAAAUCAUCAAGGCUGAGCGGACAGAGGGGGAUAUGGUGUAUAAGAUGUUAGAGAUGCUCCCUAAGAGAGGGCCCGAUGCCUUCGAUAACUUCCUAGACAUCAUACAGAAUGACUAUCCGUGGUUAGCAGCCACUCUACAGAGCAGUCUCAAGACAGAAAUGGCCAAAUCCUGCAGGAUCGACUCCCACAAAAGUGAUUUUACAGACAAUAUCCGCUCCACCUCUUGCAUUGACCCAAAUGAGGCAGAGCCAGACAUUAAAGCGAGAGUCAGUACCUUUGUCCACAAACAGUUUGGACAGAGUAAGCGAAUAUCUGAAAAUGACAAGAAAAGUAUCCUUCGCUGGAUGUCUGUUCAGCUUCAAAUGGAAAGAAAGCGGACUGUGUCUGCCUCCAGCUCACGGACAAAUUCCUCCAUGGCUACUCCACCACCCAUGGUGGAUGAGGCCACAACUACAGAGGAUUUAAUUAUCGAUGAAAACAGAAUCUCUGAAAGACUUUUCCACAAGAGAGUACAACAAAUCAGUGAAAAACUCCACCAAAUGAAAAAGCUUUCUAACAAUGACUUUUUAAACGGUAAUGAAACCGAUAAUAAGAAUUGUAAAGAUAAUGGAAAGAAAUCUACAACCCCUUCUUCUUUUGAUUUAAUACUUGCCGAGGUGGAUAAAUUAGUGGAAAAGGUGGAAAAAAUGGAAAAUGAGAUAAACAAGUGUCACAUAAUGUUAGGGGACAGAGAGAAAAAUAUGUCUCUGUCUCUGCUUAUCUAUGAUUUGUCACUGAGUGGAAAAAACAAAGACAAAGAUCUGCAAUCAGAGAAGAACAAAAGUGAAAAAAUGUUGACAGAACUCUAUGAAUAUUCCAAGAAAGUGACGAAACUGGAGCAGGUCCGACAUCAGAUGAAGCAAGUCAUAGACAACCAGGCUGAGGAGAUGAACAAAUACAAGGCAGAAAACACCCGGCUCAAAGACCAAAUCAUCAAACUGGAACAAAUCAACAUGAUGCAUGUGGAAAAACAAAAGACUCUGGAAAACCUUCGAAACAUGGUGCGAGAAAUUCAAAGCUCCCAACAAGAUUUGUCCACCGCUAGUGUGCGCAGUGUUCAAACGCGUGCCUCACUGGAGACCAAAAGCAAUAGUUCCCGAGUGCCUGCAUCCCGUAGGUCUUUUCGUCCUAAUCAAGUAAGACCUACGGAUGACAAUGCCAAUCCUUAUUCUACAAAGCGAGCACCAUCCAAUGCUUCUCUCUCAUAUACUAGCAAAAGAAAUGACACUUCUAUUCCAUAUUCUAGUAAGAAAUAUUCAAAUGCGAGAUCUUCUGCAGUUCCACGGAAGGGGAAUGGUGGACCAUUCAAGUGA